GCAUGCAAUCAGCUGCACUCUCGUGGUUUUGCGGAAAUUUGUGUGUGACAUUCUCCAGGUAAAAUAUAAGCGUUUAUAAACUGCAAACAAGAAUAAGUGAAGAAGAAAAUGUUUCCGAAGUAAAUUCACAUGGUUAUGUUCAUAACAAUCAAACACCUGAGUUACUAGUGCUUGCUGUUUUGGUCUGCCCGGUAAAAUCGUUACGUGUAUCUUCAUAAAAGAAUCGUCUGAGAUUGUGACGUGUUGUCAGGAGCAGUUUGUCUAUGCAAUGAUUGCCAUGCAUUUCGUGACGGACGAGGAAAGGCGGACAGUGAAGUUCGAACAAUCACUAUACUGUAGAACUGAAGCGAUGGACCAGGAGCCAACUAUGUGGAUUAAAAAAGAGGAAACAGAUGAAGUACAAACUGAGUUAUGCUUCAUGUUUCUUGUAGACCCAUUAAAGACGGAAGGCCCUAGUGUUGGGGUAAAGCAAGAUUCCGAACUGAAACUACGUACUGAUGGAUCUGAGCAUAAUUCUGUUAAAAAUCCAUUAGGAAUAUCACGGUCCACUGAUUUUAUCAAGGAGGAUCCUGAAUUAUAUUUGGAAAUGAAUGAAACUGAGAAUAUUUUUCUUGAAGAUCCAUUACGGACUGACAACACUCCUGUUGGGGUAAAGCAGGAUCCUGAACUGCAACAAGAUGCUGAUCUAUCUGAGCCUAAUUCUGCUAAAAAUCCAUUGGGAAUAUCACGGUCCACUGAUUUUAUCAAGGAGGAUCCUGAAUUAAAUUUGGAAAUGAAUGAAACUGAGACUAUUGUGGAAACCUCAACAAGAUACGCAUCUGAUAGUGCAAGAUUGUCUCAGACUACUGGUGGGAGCUGUGGCAUAUCAUGUGAGGAAACGUGUCACCAUGGACUGGUCCAGGAUGAGUUGGUGGCAGACAUGGAGAAGUCAACACACAAGUUUGGUACCUAUACAGAAGAUGUGACUGUUAAUAAGGAAUGCUCAGUUGCCACCCAAUAUGACUGUAGUAUGAGGGAAAAGGAAUUACAUGUAUAUAGCUGUAAUUUCUGCCAACAGAGCUUUCCUUCAAAAUACAGAUUCAUAAAGCAUGUGUUCAUGCACAUUGAUGGCAUGCAACCACCUUUGUAUGUUUGUAAGUGGUGUGGUGAGGUAUUUAACAGUAAUGUUAGUUUGAAAAAACAUUUGAGAAUGAGUGAGAAUUAUCAUGUCUUAACUGUUGACAACCACGAAAGAUACGACUAUACUGAUGAACAUCAAAGCAGUAUCUUCUUGAAUAGUGAGCCAGAAGUUUUUGUCACAGAACUCAAUGAGCUGAAUCCAUACAAGGAAACUGGGAAAGCUGCAAACAAGUCCUCUAAUGACGUGUGUAACAUACAUAUGACAAAUGAUGCCGAGAAAACAAAUGAUUAUGGAACUUUAUGUACAACUGUUAAUGUCAGUGCCCAGGUUGAUCUACUUACUGCAAAAAAAACUGACAAACGUGGUAUUUGUGGCAAAUUGAUUACUGUGUCAGGUGAUCUGAAGAGAAAAUCAUUCCUGCACACUGUGAAAAGACCUCACAAAUGUGAGAUUUGUGGGAAAUCUUUUUCUAGAUCAGGCGAUCUCAACAUACACACAUUAAAUCACACUGGAAAGAAACCCCACGAAUGUGAUAUUUGUGGGAAAUCUUUUACUAUGGCAUGGAAACUCAAGACCCACUCACUAAUUCACACUGAAAAGAAGCCUCACAAAUGUGAGCUUUGUGGGAAGUCUUUUGCUUUGUCAGGCUAUCUCAAGAAACAUGAAACUGCGAUGAGACAGGCUAAGUGGGUGGCGCUCCAGGAGAUGAGGCCACAGAAUGCCUUGAGUCCUCGUUCACGGCACAGCCUGGACUGGAGCCCUGGAGUCACCUGGAGAGGCUCCUAUCGGCUACCGCUGCAACGAGGGGCGGCGUCUGGAGCGCCCUGGCGGCUGCAGUCCAGCUGCCUGUCGGCCAGCCUCGAGUCUCCUGUCCAGCCCCGCACUGGCAGCUCCGACACCAACGAGAAGUCGAUGUACGCUCGUGUGAGGAGUCAGAGUGCAGACAUGGAGGUGGCUGAAGGGUGUUUUGCAGGUCUACUUCCGGAGUUCAUGCCGUGCGGCACCCCGGAGCACCUGUCCGCCGCCGUGGCAGCUGUGGAGCACCUGGCAGCCAUCGUCAGCGGCUACGGACUGCCGCCGCCGCCUGCCGGUGAUCAUGCAAUGGCAUCACAAUGUUACCACCUCUAG